AGUAUAAAACCAGAGCUUAGCUGACGCACAGUUGGGGAAAAUUUCACUUUCCUUCCUGGCGGGUGGUGCUCGGUACCUGCGAAAACUCGGUUUAUCCACCCGGCACGCCAACUGAGCCUUUCCUCAGGGUACCUCGUGGUUCAGAUCAGCCACCGAGCAGCUCAAGCCUUAAACAACACCAGCCACCUGCCUGUUGUCAACCAAGCCCACCCAAAGAGCCUUUUCACCAUGAUGCAGAUCAGCAGCGACUCCGCCAGCAACAAGCACUCCCUCAUCAAUGUCAUGCACCGCUUCAUAGCAGCUGCCAACAACAUGGAUGAGACCAUCAUGGUGCCCAGCCUGCUGCGAGACCUGCCGCUGGAGGAGCAGGCCGCCAGCCAGCUGGAGGCCAACAACAAUGAGCCUCCGUGUCCCAACAAGCAGAGGGACAUGUACGAGCACUACCUGCUGCUCAAGUCCAUCAAGAACGACAUGGAGUGGGGGCUGCUGAAGAGGGAGAUGAGCACCGGUGCCAGCUUCCUGGAGAUGGCUGUGAAGCAGGAGGAGCAGCCGGUGACCGGGGAGCUGCAGGAUGUCAGCUCAGACCUGGAGCAUCAGUUCCACUAUCACCUCAGAGGACUGUUCGGAGUUCUGUCCAAGCUCACGCUGCAGGCGGACGACCUCACCAACAGGUACAAGAGGGAGAUCGGAGGAGGAAACUUCAUGAGAUAGAAGUCACUGCUCCUUUUCUUCUUCCUCCUCCUCCCCCACUGCUUGACUCGCAACAAUGGGAUGUUUUGUGAAGGGGCCACAUCUCUUCGAAAAGAAUCUCAAUGGACAGUGAACUGACCAGGGCAAACACUCCUGAAUAGUGACACUCCAGCUUCUCCCACCAAAUCGAAAACCAGUGAAACCUGCAGCGUCCGUCCUCCUGUCCGUGUGCAGAGGGGGACGCUUUGUGCUCGGUGGAGGUUUCCCCAAAAAGUCCAGAUGAAGCACAGCUCUGGUUUAUUCAGAAUUUCGCCCUCAUGUCGUCUCUUCAUUUCAAAUUUCAACAUGAAUUUGUCACGAGUGUUUGGUUGUGAAUAAAAUGUUUCUGCCUGUAGGAGAUAUCGAAUGCUGGUUAUUCUGUCCCUCCUUUUAGUUUUCUUUUUAAAUGUAAAAGAUUUUAACGCUGAGCUGAAGGGCUCCUACCUGCAGAGGUUUUAAAACUUUCCACUUGGUAUUACUGUAACAUGGUGUGCCUUGACUUUUAUUUUUUUUGUAUUCCCUCAUGCCCUGUUCAGUUGUCUGGCUGCUUAAACGGCUCAAGGUGUUCAUGAUGAAAUGGCUCAUUUGUUUGUCCAUGGAUAUUUCAAAACCAAUUUUAUAUUGAUGCAGUAAAACUGAAAUAAAUAACUGUAAACUUGA